AUGAUUUAUGACAAAUGUAAACGCUACCCCACACCAUAUCUCCAUUUGGGUGAAAAUCUACGCUGGUUUUGGCUUCAAAAAGGCAAAAAAAUCUAUUUUACAUUUUCAGUUGCUUUCGUUACGCGUUUAUCUAGGGUUUUUUCUUAUCUUUUCCUUUUACGUUUGCUUCCCUUUAUCAAAGAUUCUCCGCCCUCAUCGACUUCCUUAAAGUUUCAGGUGAAAGAAGAGGAGGAAUCCACCGUAGUUCUGACUUCGCCUUUAUCGUUGGAUUGUGAGUCUGGGAACGAUUACAGAACACCGAAUUUGUUACAGCGAUUAUUGAGUCUCUUGAAGAAUGUUCGACCAGGAUCCGAUCUCACUCGUUUCACAUUGCCACCUAUCUUCAACAUUCCCAAAUCACAGCUCCAAUGUUAUGGAGAAUCAGUAUAUUGUGUCAACAACGACAUUCUUACCAGAUGUGCAAAUGGUGGAAGCCCACUUGAAAGAUUCACAUCAGUUGUUGCAUGGAGCAUUUCUACUUUCCGCCCUCUAAUGUUUGGUGUGGCUCCCUACAACCCCUGUUCUUGGAGAGACUCACCAUGUCUCAAGAGGCAACCUAAAUGUAUUACUAGAACAGGUUUCACAUCAUCCGCCUGUGAGUGCUCUUCAUGCUACCAAUGA